CUGGCAGUGGUGCCAGCAUGGCUGAGCAGGACCCGGCCCCGGGCUGCCCACGUGGGAAGCAGCCAGCUUUCACCUGGGAGGUGAGGGCCAACGACCGCAGCUUCCACAGGCAGUUCAGGAGGAAAUCCGCCUUGUGCCUGAGCAAGAGGAAAUACUCGGGCAAUGCCAUCAGGACGGCCAAGUACAACCUGCUCACCUUCCUGCCCCUCAACCUCUACGAGCAGUUCCACCGCGUGGCCAACGUCUACUUCGUCUUCGUCAUCCUCCUCCAGACUUUCCCUGAGAUCUCCACGCUGCCCUGGUACACUCUGCUCUUCCCCCUGAGCUGCCUUCUCAUCAUCCGGGGGCUGCGAGACCUCGUCGAUGACAUUGGCCGUCACCGGAGCGACAGGAGCAUCAACAGCAGGCCCUGUGAAAUCCUGGCUGGGAGGAGGUUCCGCUGGCAGAAGUGGCGCGACAUCUGCGUCGGGGACAUCGUGCGGCUGCGCAAGGACAGCGUCGUCCCGGCCGACCUGCUCCUGCUGUGCAGCUCCGAGCCCAGCAGCCUGUGCUAUGUGGAGACCGCUGACAUUGACGGGGAAACGAACCUGAAGUUCAGGCAGGCCCUUCUGGUCACCCACCAGGAGCUGGGGAGCGAGGAGAGCAUGGCUGCCUUUGAUGGGCGAGUGACGUGCGAGGAGCCCAACAGCCGCAUGCACACCUUCACGGGCACCCUGCGCUGGCGGGGCCGCGCCCACGCCCUGGACGGAGAGCGCAUCCUGCUGCGGGGCUGCCGCCUCCGCAACACCGACCUCUGCUACGGACUGGUGCUCUACGCAGGCCAGUGUCCCCGCCCGGGGUUUGAUUCCAAGAUCAUGAGGAACUGUGGGAAGAUCAAGCGGAAGAAAACCAAGCUGGACCACCUGAUGGAUCGGCUGGUGGUUGUGAUCUUCCUGGUGCUGUUGGUGACAUCCCUGGGCCUCGCCGUCGCCUCUGGCUUCUGGGCCAGGACGUUCCAGGAGAAGCACGGAUACCUGGCUGCCCUCUACAAGCACACGAGCCCUGCCCAGCAGGCCUUCCUCAACUUCUGGGGCUUCACCAUCCUCCUCAGCGUCAUCAUUCCCAUGUCCAUGUACAUAACGUUUGAAUUCAUCUACCUGGUGAACAGCUGUUUCAUCAGCUGGGAUCUGGAGAUGUAUUACGGUGCCAAGGACAUUCCAGCCGAAGCCAGGAGCACCAGCCUCAGCGACCAGCUGGGCCAGGUCGAGUACAUCUUCUCGGACAAGACGGGCACCCUGACACAGAACAUCAUGACCUUCAAGAAAUGCUGCGUCAACGGGACCAUCUACGGUCCGGGCACAGGCCGUGAGGACAAACAGCCACCGGGCUCGGGGCUCACCUGGGGGCACCCCGGCCAGCAGAAGUCGGAUGUUUGCGAUGUGACGCUGCUGGAAGCCGCGCAGAGGGACGACAACCCGGUGCUGAGGGAGUUCCUGAGGCUGCUGGCGCUGUGUCACACGGUCAUGGUGGAGGACAGGGGCGACCAGCUGGUUUACCAGGCGGCCUCCCCGGAUGAGGAAGCGCUGGUGAUGGCAGCCAGGAGCUUGGGCUACGUCUUCCUGUCCCGGACACAGGACACCAUCACCAUCAGGGAGCUGGGCAGGACCAGGACGUACGAGGUGCUGGCCAUGCUGGACUUCAACAGCGACCGCAAGAGGAUGUCUGUCCUGGUGCGAGACCCCCAGGGCACCAUCCGGCUCUACACCAAGGGCGCUGACACCGUCAUCCUGCAGCGGCUGCGGCGGCGAGGGCCCAAUGAGACGCUGACCGAGAGGGCGCUGGAUCGCUUUGCAGAGGAGACGCUGAGGACGCUGUGCGUGGCCAGCAGGGAGGUGAGCGAGGCCGAGUUCCGCGCCUGGAGCCGCAGGCACGGCGAGGCCGCGGUGCUGCUGCGGGAGCGUGCCCAGGAGCUGGACAGGCUCUACGAGGAGAUGGAGCAGAACCUGCAGCUGCUCGGGGCCACGGCCAUCGAGGACAAGCUGCAGGAGGGAGUCCCCGAGACCAUCCAGCUGCUGAAACUGGGCAACAUCAAAGUGUGGGUGCUGACAGGAGACAAACAAGAGACCGCGAUGAACAUCGGCUACGCCUGCAGGCUGCUGACGGACGACAUGGAGAUCCUGGAGGAGAAGGAGGUCAGCGACAUCCUCCAGGCUUACUGGGACAGCAACAACAACCUCAGUGGCGGUGGGGACGCCCCGUGCAGCCGCCACCUCUCCCAGCAGCGCCCAGAGGCUCCGUGCCACAAGAGAGCCAUCGUCAUCAGCGGGGACUUCCUGGACAAAAUCCUCCACACGGGAGAGGUGCUGAAGGAGAAGAAGGGGUGGCCGUGGCCGUGGCUGUGCCGUGAUGGGCCCGAGGCCUCGCAGGACCAGGGAGGUCUGGUGGAGAAGGCCUUUGUGGAGCUGGCCACCAGCUGCCAGGCCGUGAUCUGCUGCAGGGUGACCCCCAAGCAGAAAGCCCUGAUGGUGCAGCUGGUGAAGAAGCACAAGAGGGCCAUCACCUUGGCCAUCGGGGACGGCGCCAACGAUGUCAACAUGAUCAAAACCGCGGACAUCGGGGUGGGCAUCAGUGGGCUGGAGGGGCUGCAGGCCGUGCAGUGCAGUGACUACGCCCUGGCCCAGUUCUCCUUCCUGCAGCGCCUGCUGCUCGUCCACGGCCGCUGGAAUUACCUGCGCGUCUGCAAGUUCCUCCGGUACUUCUUCUACAAGACCUUCGCUGGCCUCCUGGCCCAGGUGUGGUUCGCUUUCCACAGCGGAUUCACAGCCCAGCCUCUGUACGAGGGCUGGUUCAUUGCACUCUACAAUAUUUUCUACACUGCCUACCCGGUGCUGUCCGUGGGCCUUUUGGAGCAGGACGUGAGUGCCAAGAAGAGCCUGGAAUUCCCUGAGCUCUACAUGGUGGGGCAGCAGGACGAGCUCUUCAAUUACCGUGUUUUUGGUGUCACGCUCCUGCACGGGGUGGGCACCUCCCUCAUCAGCUUCUACAUCGCGCUCUGGGCCUUUGAGGACCACGUUGGCACCAAGGCCGUGGGUGACUACGAGUCCUUCUCUGUCACAGUGGCCCUGUCAGUGUUGCUGUCGGUCCUCGUGGAGAUUGUCCUGGACACCCAGCACUGGACGGUGUUGUCCUUCCUGAUGAUCACAGCCAGCCUGCUCCUCUUCUGCCUCUUCUCCUUCCUGACCCAAAGUGCAGAUGCCUUCAGGAUAGCCCCUGCCAUCUUCCGCUUCCCAGACGCCAGCUGGAACGCCCUGACCGACCCCUAUGUGCUGCUCGUGGUCCUGCUGUCCCUGGUGGUCAGCACCCUGCCCUCGCUCACCGUCCGUGCCUUCCGUGCCAUCCUGGGCAGAGCCAGCAGGCAGCAGAAGAUCCACCUGAAGGCCAAGCGGGAUCCGGAGCCCCCGGUGGAGCUGCGGUCCCACGUUCCCCGCGGCUCCUUCUGCCGCCGCUCCAGCUACGCCUUCUCCCACCAGGAGGGCUACGCCGGCCUCAUCACCCGCGGGGACAGCCUGCGUGCCAGGGCCAGCCCAAAGCAGUGCUGCUGACCCGGGCUCAUUAACCCAGCUCUGUAUUAAUUAAAUGUGCCGAUGGAGAGCAGCGGUGGGGCUGGGUGGGGGUGCAGCCCCUCACCCCUGCUCAUCCUCACCCACCGGGGACUGAGCUGCAGUGGCUGCACAGAGAACCUCGUUUUGUGUUCUCCACCGAGGGCUGGUGUCAAUCCUGUGGCUUUUCUGUCACAGAACAGGUCACAGAAUCCUGGAGUGGUUUGGGUGGGACCUUAAAGCUCAUCCCAUCCUCAGCCAUGGGCAGGGUCACCUCCACCAGCCCAGGUGGCUCAGACUCGAGCAGUGUAGCUUCAAGAUAUCCCCUAAUUUCUGGAGAGGCAGCCAGGCAUGAUUGAUUGAUUGAUUGAUUGAUUGAUCAUCUGCAGGUUUUUCUUCUCCUGCAGCCCUCCUUGUCACUCCCCACCGCUCCCAGCUCCUGCCUUUGCUGUCCCUGCACAAGGGGCAGUGUCCUCCAUGUGCCUUGCCACAUCUCCACACCACUCCCCCAGGUCUGCUGUCCCCACCUUUGGGGACAGCUUAUGGCCACAGGCUCUGCCAAAGUCCCAAAAAGCCCUUCUGGUGGGGAUGAGGGUAAGUUCUGCCUGGUGGCACAGGGGACACGUCCCACAGAGCCAGGGCCACCAGCAGUGGCUGCUGGAGAAGUGGUGUGUGAACAGCUGACUGGGUCACCCUUUUUAUGGGUUUUGGUUUUUAAUUAAAAGGACUUUUUAGCGUCUCUCUCCUAUCCUGGAAAUCUCCGCAGUGCCACAGAAGGUGAGAGAGGCACUGGAAGUUCCCGUGGGUCCCUUGGUCUGUGCCAGCAGCGCUCGUGCCGUGGCAAAAGGCACAGAGGGAGAAGAAAUUUGGGUAAAAAGGUGCACAGUUGGGUCAUCCACGGGGGCUUGGCCCUGCCUGCAGCACAUGUGAUUCGAUGGGUUUGUUUUACAAGUGCUUUGGCCUCAUCUGCUCUGGGUUUGUGAGAAUUAAAGUGUUUCCCUUGGACUCUGGCCAGAAAGGGCCUGGAUGGUGCCAAGAAAUAAAAGUCUUUCCUCUGGGAAAGCUCUCACUGCUGCAACUGCCAGGUGGAAAACAGGGGGGAGAAAACUUUCCCCAGUGUCCUGGACACGAUCCCUGAAUGUCCCAGGUGAGAGGAGUGAGGUGGUGAAAGGGGCAUGGGGAGGGAAGUGACCCCCUCAGCACCACAGGACACCACACACGCCCGGGUGAAUGACUAGAAAAUAAUUUAUUGAAGAAACAGAAAGCUGCAGAAAUACAACACAGUCAUGACAAGUAGAGGAUGAACAAAUAGAGAUUAAUUUUUUUUCUCUCUUUUAAAACCUGUUGACAGGCUGGAGUUAAGUUUCCUGAUAACUUCCCCUGCGUGAGUCAUUGCAAAGAACAAGGAACAAACUCCAGAGCACACAGCACAGUUUGGAUAAAGUGCCUGACACAUAAGACUC